AUGCCCCCACAUUCCCUCCCAUUUUCCUCUUCCUUCUUUAUCUGCUGCUCUGCACUCUGAUCAGAGUUAGGGUUUCAAUUCACUUCCCCCCGCACGAAACCCUAAAAUCCAAAUCCCCUCCAAAUUCCGCUCAAUUUCCUGCAAUUGGACUCACGCCAUGGACACGGGCAGCUCACAAGCUCCAGAUUCAUCCCAAUUUUACCUCCCCAUGCUCAGGGAAUCGAUCGACCGUUUCAUGCUAGAACACAGUAACGGCUCCACGGAUUUCACUAACUUCACUUCCAUCUUUUCCCGCUUACUUCAAACCUUGCCCGAUCCCCCCCUUGAAACCACUUGGUUCUAUGCUGCUCUUACUUAUCAUUCCACCAGAUACGCGUCCGGAGACCCUUCGGAGCAAGUCGUCAGAGUCAAGGACUUGUUUCAGUUGCUGAUCAGCUGUUCUGGUUCCAGCAGUUCGGUCAAAAGAAUUGCCGUUCUUGCACCGGUGUUUUAUGAGAUGUAUGGUUUAGUGAUCGAUACGAAGAGCUUGAGAAAAGAGGUUCAGAGCUUGUUGGAGGUUGUAAUUAGUUACAUCAGCAUAUGUUGUAGCGGGGAUAUUGAGGAGGAAGGUGAGUGCGAGGUUCUGAGUUCGUGUUUUGAGGAUUUGGUUAGGAUUUGGGCGCUCGAUAAGCUCACGAAGGACGUGAGGGGGUUCUUCCCGGUCAUCAGUGAUGGGGUUCGUGAAGGCAUACGAGGGGGAUGUGGGGUUGGUGUCUUAGCAGGGGCUGUUAUGUGUGAGGCUUUCUUGUUGAGACUGUGCUUGAAUUUUGACAAUCGGGUAUUGAGGGCAGAGCUGGAGAGGGAUAUGCAUGACUGGGUUGCUCGGACAAUAUCAGGAUUUAGGAGCUUUCACUUUUUUGAUAUACUUCUCAAGAUGUUGUUGGAACCGGUCUUGCCCAUCACAUCCUUAUUGAAAUUUGAAGAUGAAGUUCUCCUGCGAGAAGUCCUAUAUGAUGCUGUGAUAACGGUGGAGUAUCCCUUCAUCAGUCCUCAGUGCGGGAGAAAGUUUUGUGGGAAGCAAUUGAAAAGUGUUGCUGUAACGUUAUUGCUAGUUGCUGCGAGCGCCAUUUGGUUUAUGAGGGAGAAUGGAGACAAUUCCAAAGUCCAUACAUAUAUGAAUGCACUAUCUAGGUCUUGCCUGCCUUCUCUACUCUUCAAGUGGGUCACUCAUCAGACUGGUGCAAGGGAAAUAACGAGCAGGCCAGCCAUUUCCUCUCCUGCCGCUCUCAUUAAGUGGCUUCUAAUUGUGGAAGAUCUCGGGGUGAAGGUCUUUGACAGCAACAUUCUGAAGCUUCAUGCUAAGGCAGUUGUUUGCAAGUCGAGAGGAGAACACGAGCUUCCAGUAUUUAAGCUGGACACUGUAGAAAAUGCUCAUGAUGGUUUCUUAUUGACUCAUAGUGGAGAGUUGAGGGAAGAUCAUCAUGGUGACCUAGAGAUGGUCGACUCUGCAAAUCUGUCGCUUAUAUCCUCCACUGGCUCAAUGGACCAAACAACCUGCGAGGAUACAAGGAAACGCAAAGAUGGGAGGAAGGAUGAAAAAGAGGUACCAACGAAGUUUAUCAAGUCUCAUCUCCACGAGAAUGUAGCGAGGUGUCGGUUCUUCCCGUUGGGUAUCAAAGAUAAUUGAAGUGGAGAAACCGGUGUACUGUGGAGAUACAUUUGAAAUGGAGCAUUAGACACUGAAAUUUUGAGUCUUCUGAAGGCAGCAACUAAGCAAGCUUCUGAGGAUUGGUGUUUUGGGCAUCGAGUAAUCUAAUGCUUCGAGGAGGAACUUUGUUUCAAAGACAUGUUCUAACUUUUAAUCUAUUUUUUACUAAGGAUGGUGACUAUAUAGAGUUGAUGUAACUUAAACCAGCUGUCAGAAUCAUCGGCACGAGCCUAUUAAUUUCCGGCUUUACCCUAUGUAACGAGAGAACAUUGUUGUAGUACUAAUUAGCAUGUAAGAGCUCCUUUCUUUGCAUAAUAUCAAGGAUCUUGUCAAAUUACAUCUAAA